GUGACCGCUUUCCGCGAUGUCCUUUUAGAGAAAGCGCCGAGAGUCAAGUCGAACGAGGAGGACGAAGACAAGUGUGGAGGCCGCCGAGGGUUCAUUGAGCAGCAUCACUGACAACUUUCUUCCCGGACUCUUCCCAGGUUGUCUGACCCGCUGGUACAUGCGUCAUUUAUACGGGACAGCGAGCUCCAGCUUUGCGGGCUGUUGUCAACACGGUCGCCCCCAGUAAGUAGAAUGUUACCGAGCCAGGUCGGGUCGGCACCACCGGGAAACGCGUCAGGUAGAGCUGCCGGAGGGCUCGGUUCAAGCCUCGUCGCAGGCGGGAUUCGCCCCGUCUCGAUCCGAACAGGGCAAGCUUCUCUGGGGCUCAGCGAGAGUGUCGCGCGGCACGGAAGCAGAGAAACCAUCGGGAUGUUGGGGGCGAACGGUCCAGGGGGUCCGCGAGCCGUGAGGUCUGGCAACGGCACCGGAGUGAGCCCGCUGCAGUCCGCCAUCCAGGGAGGCAUGGUGGCUCUCAACGCGGGGAUGGUGCUGCCUCACGGCGCCAGGUUCGACCCGGACAGGGAGGCGGUGCCUCUGUGCAGCGGCUCGGACAAUGACUCCGACUCGGGGGAUGACGACGACCCGCUUGGGGACCACCGGAGAGGGGUGAAGCGGGAGAGGGCGGAGAUGGAGGCGGCCGUGACGGGGCAGGAGGUCGGGGUCGCUCCCGGAGCUUACGGCCUGGCUCCCGGUGGGGUGGCGGGGGCCAAGCCCGGGAAGAAGACACGUGGUCGCGUCAAGAUAAAGAUGGAAUUUAUUGACAACAAGUUGAGACGUUACACCACUUUUAGCAAGAGGAAGACUGGCAUCAUGAAGAAGGCCUACGAGCUCUCCACUCUGACGGGAACCCAAGUUCUGCUGCUAGUGGCCAGCGAAACGGGUCACGUGUACACUUUUGCCACUCGUAAACUGCAACCCAUGAUCACCAGUGAAACGGGCAAAGCUCUGAUCCAGACAUGCCUCAACUCGCCUGACUCGCCGCCACGCUCCGACCCCUCAACUGAUCAGCGCAUGAGUGCCACAGGUUUUGAGGAGACGGACCUCACGUACCAGGUGUCUGAGUCGGAGAGCAUGGGCGACACUAAGGACACGUUGAAACCAACGUUUACGGUAGCCAACCUACCAGGCAGUACCAGCAACGCCCAGGCCACAGUUCCCACCACCUCCACCAGCAUGCAGGUGAGCAGUGGUCCCAACUUUCCCAUCACCAACUACCUGGCGCCAGUUUCCACCAGCGUCAGCGCCAACGGGACUGUCCUGAAGACCACCGGUGCAUCCACGGGAGUCAUGCAGUUGCCCAGUGGCUUCACGUUCAUGCCAGCAGGCACUCCUCUCCCCCCCGGCACUCCCACCAUUCCUCUUAGUCAGCUGCAGCAACACUCCCUGACCCUGCAGGGGCAGCAUGGUCAGACUCUGACCGCCGCCCCUCAUUCUCAGCAGGGCCAGCAGGCUGUCUUCCGCUUCCCUGCUGCUGUCUCCCUCACAGGGGCGGGUAUACCUCAGCAGCUACAGGCCAUUCAGGUUCACCCCAACACCCAGCCCACACCCAACAGUGAGGCUAGUCCCGAGAUGUCCCACAGCGCCACAAACUCCACAGCAACAGUCAGUCUGCCAGCAACCAUCGUCACCUCAACAGUGCCCACAUCAGUGGCGGGUCACAUGAUGUACCCCAGUCCCCACACGCUCAUGUACGCCUCCACGCCCGGGCUGGCCGACGGGGGGCUGGCCGUGCUCAACGCCUUCUCCCAGGGCACGUCGGCCAUGCAGGUGUCUCACGCACAAGCUCAGGACGCAGGCGCCGUCCCGCAGGUGUUCCUCACGGCGCCCCCAGGCACCAUGCAGAUCCCCGUUUCAGCGGUGCAGCUUCACCCAGUACGGCAAGAUCUGCAUUUUACAAAUGGUGAUUGGCCCACAGAGCGGCAGCAGCGCUAGCCUGACCGAGCUUCAGGUGGUCAACUUGGACGCCGCACAAAACUCCAAAAGUGACUGCUAGGAUUUUUCUUUCAUUGACUGUCCGCCAUAUUUUUUAUUUAUUUAUGAUGCGUUCCUACAUCACACUUCUUCUCAAUGUGACCUUACCUACAAA